UGAGAAGUCUGUGCGCGCUUGUUGUUCGGGCGCACACGUCCAGCCGUCCUCAUCGUAUUCACUUUGACAGAUGCUUUGCUUUGCUGCGGGUGGCUACACGUUUGCAGACGUUGGCUGUAGUAAUCAAAGACUUGUUUCUUGAUUCGAGUUUAUUUUAUUUUCUCUCAACGACUCAGGAGCACAGUGGAUACAACGAGUGCCUGAGCACAUUCCGGGGGCUUGGUUUUUCUCAAAAAGAUGUCCGCCAUGACGCUGCUGCCCCCGGUUGCCCUCCUCUUCCUCCUCUCCUUCAGUCUGGCGUCAUCCAGGGACUGCCCCCUGUACUGCAACUGCCAAGACAACAGCGUCAUCUUCUGCAUCGGCCGUUCGUCCACCAAGGUGCCGAGCGGCGUGCCCGCUGACACCAAGAAGCUCUACAUCUUCCAGAACGGCAUCAGUACUCUGGCACAGGAUAACUUCUCUGGCUUGGAACAGCUAGAUAUGCUAGACCUGAGCCAGAAUGAGCUCACCCAGGUUCCAGACGGAGUGUUUGAGCCGCUGUCCGAACUGAAAAACCUGGACCUUUCUUCAAAUCACAUCACCAAUAUUUCCAAGGGCAUCUUCUCUGGCCUCCAUCAGCUGGAGAGGCUUUAUCUAUACUCCAACCGCAUCCAGAGCAUCCAGGCAGACGCCUUCGAAGGCCUGGGGAGGUUGCUUGAGCUCAAGCUCCAGAAGAACCGACUCACCACGUUGCCCUUACUGCGUCUCCCCAGGCUUCUGCUGCUCGACCUCAGCUUCAACAGGAUCCCAGCCCUGGGACCCGCAGACCUCCAGACCCCGAAUUUGGAGGCCCUAAAAAUUGUAUCCCUGGGGCUCACGUCCCUGGAUGAGGAGCUGAUGGCCUCCUUCAAGAACCUGCAUGAUCUGGACAUAUCCUCCAACCAGCUGUUUGAGCUUCCCGUGGCUUUGAAGUCCCUGAAGAUGCUGAUCAGUCUCGACCUGGCCAACAACCCAAUCAGGGUGCUCAAGAUGGACAUCUGCCAAAAGAUGGUGGGGCUUCAGAAGCUUGACCUAAGUGGCCUCAGCCUCCCAGGAUUCACCGAGGGCUUUUUCCAGAGCUUCCCUAAGUUGAGCCACCUGACAGUAGCCAAGAAUCCGUUUAACUGCCUCUGUCCGCUGGCCUGGUUUCCCGUAUGGCUUCGAGAAAGAAAUAUUGUUCUGGGACGACCUGAGGAAACCAGAUGCCACUUCCCCCUGGUCAACGCUAGGAAGAAGCUGUCCGAGCUGGAGUACCAUGACUUUGGAUGUCCAUCCACCACCACAGUGGUUGGUGGCUAUCCCAUUGAAAGCACUGCUGUACCUUUUUCUCCCAGCACAGCUCCAGAAGCCACCAAUACUAAUGCCAUCCCUCCUCCCCCGUCCAGCGAGGAGCCAAACUAUUUCAAUCCAAACCAUCAUCCACGUCUCAUUGAACCUCCAGUUUCACCUAGUGCCAGCAGCAGGGAGCGAGAGCAACACAUUUGCCCGGGGAACAUCUGCCUUAAUGGGGGAACCUGCCAUUUUGAUCCCCUUGGGCAACUGGCCUGCACUUGUCCCAGAGGCACAUACGGUCUUUACUGUGAGAAUAUGGACGAGGUCUUUGUUCCACCUAAAUCUCUGGUCACAGAGUUUGCUCUAAUGGAUCCAGUGGCGACCUCCGAACCUGACGCCAUCAUAUCACGUACGGUGACGUCCACCUCGAUUCUUCUGGACCUGCAUCGCUUCAUCGAGACGAGGCCCCACAUUCGAGGGAUACGUCUGACCUAUCGCAACCUCUCCGGACCCGACCGCCGCCCUAUGGUCAUCAGUGUGCCGGCAAACUACCCAGAGUACACCCUGCGUGGCCUCAGGCCCAACUGCACCUACUCGGUCUGCGCCAGCCCCCUGGGCGAAAGGGUCAGCUCCCGGGCUAACGGCUCGGCGGAGACGGGGCUGUGUACGGAGGCUCGCACCGCCGGUCUCCAACCUACGUCUUCAGAGCCCAGGGUGGAGACCCAGAGCCAGCUGACCUACACUCUGUUCCCCGCUGUCGCCGCCCUGGCCCUUGUUCUCGGGGUGUCUAUAGUAGCCGGGGCCAUCAUCUGCCUGCGGAAGAGGAGGCAGACGAAGGCGGGCAUAGAGCUGGAGCUGGGGCCCACGGAACUGGACCCCGCUGAACUGGAGGCGGUGAAAGCCGGCCUGGAGAGUCGCGGAAAUGGGACUCUUCCCCAAAAACUACCAGAGAUUGAUCGCAGCCAAACCCCCCAUUCGCCUGCCUCCUCGCAACAAAAUGGGGUUUUGGAAUAUGAGGUCCCGCUAAUGCAAGGACACAGUGCAUCGAAUAACAAUGUAGCAGCUUCAAAACCCUCUUAUUUCUAGGAUAUAGGUUAGGUCGUUGAUGUCAAAAGAUGUCAAAUAGAGUGGGCUUGCCCAAUGAGAACAUGUUGAUUGCUGGUAUGUUGCUGGGUGGUAGACAUAGAAGUGGAGAUAUCCAGUACAAAAUACAAUAUAUAUUAUAAAAAAAUAUAAGAAAAAUGUUUUCCUUACUAAACCGAUUUAAAAACAAUAAAGGGACAUUACAUUUCGUGUUUGGGGUUGGGUAUAAAAUCCUCAACGUCAGUGCAAUGCCCAGCGAGAGUCUACGCACAGGGCCAGACUGAGGACGGAAGUGCCUUUUUGCAUUGACACCACAAAGACUCUUUGACUUCUGUUUGUUGUUCAUUUGAAAAGAUAAUCCUACAAUCGUGUUACAAUCUUCCUGCUGGAAUAAGGAGAUCCGAUGUGGGAUGUUGCAUAUCUGAAGCAAAUGUAAAUUAAUGGAUCUUGAACAAAAAAAUAGGCUGUAACACAUCAUCAAUCACCACACUGCAGACCUAGUGUUAACCCCCAUUAAGGGUCUUCUCCAUGUGGAGGUUACUUGUUGCCUUGGGAUUUAACAUCCAACGGCUUGCUGUGGGUUGGAUGAUAAUGACAAUUGGUGUGAUUGGCAUGUUGGACCUGCCAAUGGACUAGCACUGCACAGUCUAAGCUCUGAGUGCUUGGUUGGGCUCCAGCUCUCUGCAAACCAACGAUUUGAAAACGGCUUUAGGAAACCAUGGAAAGACUUGCACUGAAAGCACUUCACUUCUCCGCUCCCCAGGGAUCCUAGGACUGGUGAAAAUAAUACUUCAAUCACAUACAUCCCAUUGUUUUAAACAUUAAUUGGUAUCCCAUUUUGGGUUAACCCUAUAUUAUAUGAAUUGAUUGGUAUUACGUUUUAGCUAACAGAAAACUGAAUGACAACAGAUAGAAGCAGUAGGUACUAAUUCUGAUUGUUCUGUUUUAAAACUAUCCCACCCAAAAUUUGAUAUCUCAUUUGGCAUUGAGGUUGCUGUGAAAGCAAAAUUUACUAAUUUAAGAGACAUUGAAAUUAACAAUUUGAUGUGCUUAUUUCUGUUCUACAAUAAUAUAGGAAAGCAAUUUUGUUGUUGUGGUCAUCCUCUUUUUGUACUCCAUUUUGUUUAUUUUGAUUUGGUACUGUUCAUGCAUUUGUUAGUAUUAGCAAAGAUUGCGUAAUUAGUAGUGCCAAUUUUAAGGCAUGUUUUAAGUAUUUCACCAUGAGCUUAGGGCUUAUAAAAGUUUUGUCAGGCUUGUUUCUCUAAGAAUGCAUGCUGCCUUCAGCAAAGCUAAAGAUAUAUGAGCCACAAAGCGUUCAAGAAGAACAGUGAUUUUGAGAUGAAACGUCCGAAAUACUUUGGCCUGAGGCUCACCCCAUGGACACAUUUAGUUUGAGAAAUACAAGUAAUUCUCUCUUCAACGUCAGCCAACCCACCAUCAGGUCCCUGUUUAUAUGGUAAACCACAGAUGAUUUCUUGCUUUUUACUUGUAAAAUCCGAAACUGAUUUCAUAGCGUUUUCCAUCCAAAGGAUCUUAAAACCCAAAGGAUCUAAAAGUUUGAGUUCAAAUAGUUCCAAUAUAAAUUUUCAGUGACUUGUGUGCAGUAAAUUCCUCAUGGGACUACUAAAUAUAACCUCUUAAGAAUCGUUCUUGCUUUUUGGUCAUUACUUUAUUUUGAUUUCUGUUUGUCCAGUCUUUUUCUAAGUGUUUACUGGCUCCGUGUGUAUAUUUGACUUUCACUCACGCUAGGAAUACUGUUAUUGGGUGUUUUUAGAUGGUUUUUGCUCACUUCGAGCCAACUAGUCUAUAUAAAGUACAAAAUGAGUGCACGAUCCAGUAUUCACCCAACGCUAGUGUGGUUUUCGCAGAAUCCCAACCUCUUAAAUAGCGAGGAUUUACUCUCAACUUAUGGUUUAGAGGCCGACUGCCGAGAGAAUGUGUUUGGGUGUUGUGUGUCUUAGUACUGUCCAUCACUACAACAUAGCACUACAAAUCUGCUCAAAUCAUCUGUAUUCCAGUAUGCUUCUGUCCACAGCCCCGAUAAAAUACAUUAAUACACCUAUGAACUGGAAUGAUUUCUGUACAUAGCAAGAGGACAGCGAAGGGGCAAGGGAAUAUUUGGAAUAUUUUCAACAGGCUUGUGACCCCAACUGUGUUUAUUUUUUUGUGAAAACAUUUGUUGUUGUUUUUUUGUUUUUCAGUUUUCUAUGUCUGAGAAGUUCAACGCAAACAUGUUUUGUAAAUUAGUUUUUUAGAGAAUGGCAUGUGCAGUUCUAAAAAAAACAAAAAACAGUAUUAAAGCAACUUUGUGAACCUGA